AUGCACGUGGGUGAUGGAACGCAACAUCACGAAGAAAAAAAAAAACAAAAUCACAGCGGGGCUCAAACAGGAUCUGAAGCGGGUAACAAGUGGCCCCAUGGAGAGAAGGAGUCGCGCGGAGUAGAUGAAGCUACGCCAUCGUGCGCGAGGUCGGCGAGGUUGUCCGGUUAUUCCCAACCCUUGGAGGAGCGGUUGUUCGGUUCAAAUGCUCUGAUGGAGACUCCCAACGAUUUUUUUACCGCAAACAGGCGUUCUAACGAGGAUGACUGCGUGCGAAUAGAUGACUCCCUUGUUUACAGUAGCGUGCAUAGGAGCGGGCAAAGCUUUUGCGACUAUCAUAGAAUGGGGAACUACCGGGUCGAGCGAUACAGCCAUAGCGAGGAUCACAGAAGUUUGGAAACACAAUUUGAUCAAAACAGGAGUGAACCUGCCGAUUUCAUAGCUGGCUUGUAUAGAAACAGUGGAGGACCUCUUUCAUUAUACAGCUCACGGCUUGAUAUCGCAUUGAACAGCAUGUCGGAGCAACCACCGAUAGCAGACAGGCCAACUGCAUCUCAUGACUUGUCACCAGUGAGUAUCCCCGACCGGGCUGACCGGAAGGGUAUGGCAUGCGCUUCACCAAACGACCUGACGCUGCGGGUAAACACGUCGCGUGUUUGGAGCAGCGGCACGGACUUUGCACAGGCGUCACUACAUUCGGUGUUAACCAACACACCCGGCGAGGCACUUGACAUGCCAGUGUUCCCCUCAUUUAGUGAAUUGGGAUCUCCUUACAGAAACACUGCGAGUGUGGAUGAAAUGCAGCAGGCGCAAAAGUUGCAGCCGACAUUAUCAGGUAUUGUCAUGUACGAUGGGCAGUUGCGUGGUAGGAAGCCACUUUACCAGGCUUAUGGGUUUCAAAGUAACCCCGAUGGGGAUCGGCAUGACCCGGGGUUACACCACUCAAGCAGCGUCGUCUUCAUACUGUAUGGAAUACUUUUGGCCUCGGUAAUAAACGUGCUGUUUUUAGUAUUUAACGACCUUCACCACGAAGAGAACAAGCUUUGCAAUGCAGAGGGGAGGUGCCCGUGCCUCCUGACAGAUGUGUUAAAGUAUGUCGUGACGUACGGUUUGCACGUGUACGUUCCAUUUGCAUUGUUCCCGACCGCCUUGUUCUUCUUAACCAUAAACUCAAUCACCGAGGAUCGUGAACGGAAGCGGCGGCUCGCUCGUAUGCACUGCUACGUCACCUCAGAUGACAUUUCACAGCACGCACACGACAAUGUUGCCGGUGAUGAUUUUGAGGUAAGCGAGCCUUACGGUACGCGCAAUGAAAGUGCACCGACGCGGGCUCUGCGGUGGGAUCUUCCUCCAGCUUUGUCUACCCUGGCUUCCAACAUCAUCUUCUGGGUAGUCGUGCUGAUACGUUUCGGUUCGUUUUCCGUUUUGGAUACACGAGUUGUCCGUCCAGAUAAACUGGCUUUCAUAUACGACGCUGGGCUUGUGCUGGCAUUGAGUGCCCCGCUAGCGGCGGUAGCGAAAUAUCACGGGUGUUUCAGAUUAGUUGUACCCUUCAUGCUAUUGGAUGCCUUUCCGUUGCUGUCGCCACCCAUUAUUGCGCCUAUCAAGGUUGACAAGGGAAUGGAACAUAUUUUCCAUCCACUAUUGUUGGUUGUCAUCGAACGGAUGUUAUGGUAUUUGUCAGCCGCCGUGAUGCCGGAGACGACACCAGUUGGGGUGAAAAUAACUCUUAGCUCCUCCUUUGCCGCUAUAUACACUCUAUUCGUUCUUACCUCAGCCGUUUCUUUGCCGUAUGACUGGUGGCUGGUUGUUUCCACUGUGAUGGCAGUGGAAAUAUUCAUCUUUGAGAUGCUCUUCAAUACGUUGCUGCUGGAGUUCACCGCGUUGCGAUUGUUUACAGUGGCCGUGGCGUGCGUGAAGCGCCAACCGCCUCAGGUAUUCUCAAUCAAAGUGUCAGACCCUGUCAACAUUUCUACACAAGUCCGAUGGCCUUCUCUGGCGCUUGCUUUGUGCGGUGUUUCCCCUGUUCUGUGGUUGCCACGAUGGGAUCGAGUGUUACCUCAAAGUUGCUGCGAUGGACUUAUAGCAAGGGAGUUGGUACCAUUUGUUGUACCGUUUAUUCUUGCUGUAACAGCCUUCACGCUAUCAUAUUUGCUUACGGCAAUGAUACGGAUGCGCUAUGACAGACUGCGAGCACCGCUCAUUGCACGGGAUUGGUUUCUGGCUCUCAUGUGGGGUUGGUAUGUCACAUGCACAGUUCCGUUUGCCUUGUCUGCGCUCAUGUGA